CUCACUCUCUCUUUAGCAGUCACCCUCCCUCUUCUAUUUGGCCACUUUGGUGCUGUUUUAUUCCCAGGAUCCUCCCUUAUUCCGUCGUGACAGCGUUUCUUGCUAUUUUUAUCGAAUCCAUGGGAUAUUGAACAGCAUGUAUUUCGUCGUUCUCCCUCGGUGAUGAAUGAUUUGUUUCAAAACAUCGCUCGCGAUCCGCCGCUGCUGCUGUGAUGAUGGAGAGGCGGUGCGUGUCAGAGUGGGGUGGCUAGAGGCCCAGCAACGCCCCGCGCUGGAAUUACAGCCCUGACCGAGCGACUGAACACCAACAGCGGAUUACCUAACAACAGCUCUCCGUUGUUACAGAAUAAUUAACUGGACCUAAAGAGAAGUUAUAAAACAAACAGAUCAGAUGAAAGUCUGAACUAUGAUGGACAUUUACAAGCAGCCCUAACAUCAGAAUCAGUUUGUCUUUCAAGACCUAAUUUGUUUCUUUUGGGACUAGCUGACUUCUUUAUCUGAGGUGAAGAAGAGGUUGGAGUUUUUUCCCCCCCGCUGUUAAAGACUGUGAGGACUACACACCAUGCCUCCAAGACCCUCCUCGGGGGAACUAUGGGGCAUCCAUUUGAUGCCCCCCAGGAUUCUGGUAGACUGUCUACUGCCCAAUGGCAUGAUCUUGACACUAGAGUGCCUGCGGGAGGCCACCCUCAUCACAAUCAAACAUGAACUGUUUAAGGAGGCAAGGAAGUACCCCCUCCACCACCUGCUGCAGGAGGAGACGUCCUAUAUUUUCGUCAGUGUAACGCAAGAGGCGGAGCGUGAGGAGUUCUACGAUGAGACGAGAAGACUUUGCGACCUUCGGCUGUUCCAGCCCUUCCUAAAGGUCAUAGAACCAGUAGGGAACAGAGAGGAAAAAAUCCUCAACAGAGAAAUUGGUUUUGCCAUCGGCAUGCCGGUGUGCGAGUUUGAUCUAGUGAAGGAUCCUGAGGUGCAGGACUUUAGGAGAAAUAUUCUUAAUGUCUGCAAAGACUCAGUAGAGCUGCGAGAUGCCAGUGGGUCACACAGUCGAGCGCUGUAUGUUUAUCCUCCUAACGUGGAGUCUUCAUCAGAGCUUCCAAAGCAUAUAUUUGGCAAAUUAGACAAAGGUCAAAUCAUUGUGGUCAUCUGGGUGAUUGUCUCUCCCAACAACGACAAGCAAAAAUACACACUAAAAAUCAAUCACGAUUGCGUACCUGAACAUGUGAUCGCUGAAGCCAUCAGGAAAAAGACCAGGAGCAUGCUGCUGUCCGCCGAGCAGCUAAAGAUGUGCGUGCAAGAAUAUCAGGGCAAAUACAUCCUGAAAGUCUGCGGCUGUGACGAGUACCUGUUGGAAAAGUACCCCAUUAGUCAGUACAAGUAUGUACGGAGUUGCAUUAUGCUGAAUCGGCUGCCAAACCUCAUGCUAAUGUCCAAGGACAGUCUUUACUCUCAGCUGCCUAUGGACAACUUCACCAUGCCCUCCUACGCCCGCCGCAUCUCCACCGCCACGCCUUACAUGAACGGAGAGGCCUCCACCAAAUCCCUCUGGACCAUUAACAGCACUCUAAGGAUACGUGUCCUUUGUGCCACAUACGUCAAUGUGAAUAUUCGGGACAUUGACAAGAUUUAUGUGCGGACGGGGAUCUACCAUGGUGGAGAACAGUUGUGUGAUAAUGUCAAUACACAGCGUGUGCCGUGUUCAAACCCAAGGUGGAACGAGUGGCUAACCUAUGACAUGUACAUUCCCGACAUCCCCCGGGCAGCUCGGCUCUGUCUCUCCAUCUGCUCUGUGAAAGGAAGGAAGGGGGCAAAAGAGGAGCACUGUCCACUGGCCUGGGGAAACGUCAACUUGUUUGACUACACACACACUCUGGUCUCAGGAAAGAUGGCACUGAACCUGUGGCCAGUACCACACGGCCUAGAAGACCUCCUCAACCCGAUUGGGGUCACAGGCUCCAACCCUAAUAAGGAAACCCCAUGUCUGGAGCUGGAGUUCGACUAUUUCAGCUCCCCUGUAAAGUACCCUGACAUGGCCACGAUUGAGGAUCAUGCUAACUGGAUAAUAUCCAGGGAGAUGGGAUACAAUUACUGUCAGUCUGGACAGAGCAGCAGACUCGCGCGAGACCAUGCCAUGACGGAGGCUGAUAUAGAGCAACUUCGACAGCUGAGCAACAGGGACCCGCUCUCUGAGAUCACUGAGCAGGAAAAAGACUUCUUAUGGAGACACCGGCAGUAUUGUGUAAAUAUUCCAGAUAUCCUGCCCAAGAUUCUUCUGGCGGUGAAGUGGAAUUCCAGGGAUGAAGUUGCACAGAUGUUUUGCCUUCUUAAAGACUGGCCCGCAAUAAAGCCGGAACAAGCCAUGGAGCUGCUUGACUGUAACUAUCCUGAUCCAAUGAUCCGAGACUUCGCAGUCCGGUGCCUUGAGAAGUAUCUGACAGAUGACAAACUCUCGCAGUACCUCAUUCAGUUGGUUCAGGUUUUGAAGUAUGAGCAGUAUCUUGAUAACCCACUGGUGCGAUUUCUGCUGAAAAAAGCUCUUACCAACCAGAGGAUUGGGCACUUCUUCUUUUGGCAUUUAAAGUCAGAAAUGCACAAUAAAACCGUGAGUCAGCGGUUUGGUCUGCUGCUGGAGUCAUACUGUCGGGCAUGUGGCAUGUACCUGAAGCACCUGAGCAGACAGGUGGAAGCCAUGGAGAAGCUCAUCAACCUCACAGACAUUCUCAAACAGGAGAAGAAGGAUGAAACCCAGAAGGUGCAAAUGAAGUUCCUGGUGGAGCAGAUGAAGCGACCAGACUUCAUGGAUGCCCUCCAAAAUUUCACCUCUCCGCUCAACCCCGCCCACCAGCUGGGUAAUCUACGACUUGAAGACUGCAGAAUUAUGUCCUCUGCCAAGAGACCGCUCUGGCUGAACUGGGAAAAUCCUGACAUCAUGUCCGAACUGCUCUUCCAAAACAAUGAGAUCAUCUUUAAGAAUGGGGAUGACCUGCGGCAAGACAUGCUGACACUACAGAUCAUCAGAAUAAUGGAGAACAUUUGGCAAAAUCAGGGGCUGGACCUGAGAAUGCUCCCCUAUGGCUGCUUGUCUAUUGGAGACUGCGUGGGUCUCAUUGAGGUGGUUAGAAGUUCCCACACCAUCAUGCAGAUUCAGUGUAAAGGAGGUCUAAAAGGUGCGCUUCAGUUUAACAGUUCAACAUUGCAUCAGUGGCUGAAGGACAAGAAUAGGGGCGAGAUGUACGACAUGGCCAUCGACUUGUUUACACGAUCGUGCGCUGGCUAUUGUGUGGCUACUUUCAUUCUGGGCAUCGGUGACAGACACAACAGUAACAUCAUGGUGAAGGAUGAUGGGCAGCUGUUUCAUAUAGAUUUUGGUCACUUUUUGGACCACAAGAAGAAGAAGUUUGGUUACAAGCGAGAGCGAGUGCCGUUUGUGUUAACUCAAGAUUUCUUAAUUGUGAUCAGCAAAGGAGGGACCCAAGAGUGCACUAAAACCAGAGAGUUUGAGAGGUUCCAGGAGAUGUGCUACAAGGCUUACUUGGCUAUCAGACAGCAUGCCAACCUUUUCAUAAAUCUCUUCUCCAUGAUGCUGGGCUCAGGCAUGCCAGAGCUGCAGUCCUUUGACGACAUCGCUUAUAUCCGAAAGACCCUGGCACUGGACAAAACAGAGCAAGAGGCCUUAGACUAUUUCAUGAAGCAGAUGAAUGACGCUCACCAUGGUGGAUGGACCACCAAGAUGGACUGGAUCUUUCACACCAUCCGGCACCAUGCCCAAAACUGAGCCGACACCGAUCCCAGCCCCUGGUGGAAUUUGGGGCAGGAUAACAGGGCAGAAACAAAACCCUUUUUGUAGGAAGCACUGCCUGUUUUAUGCCAUGAAGAAUCAUAGCACCCAAACCUCAUGUACAAAUGACCUUCAGAGCACUAAAACAACCUGGAAGGACAUGUUUUUUGUCCUCCUCUUGGUUUUUGUUUGUGUUUUACCUUAUAUGAGGCAACUCCUGCCCAUCAUUGUCCAGAGUGGUUGUAUAAUAGAGCUGGGGUUUUGUCCUACAGUUUUUUUUUUUUUUUUUCUCUCCCCAUUGUGCUGCUCUUCUCCUGGAGAUUAAAUUCUUCUUAUUAUUAUUACUUCUUACAAUUGUUCUGCGGAAAACAAACCUUCAAAGACAAAAAAAAAAAAAAAAAAACGUUCUGCACUCUUCAGGAGCUUUUGUGGGGAUGUUCAUGUCUUCCUGUUUAAAACUACAAAUGCCUUCUAAUAUGCACGGAACCUCUGAGAACACUAGAAAAACAGGGUAUGAAACUUUCUGGUCUGCUACCUGGCCUUUCCUCUCAAAAGCGACUCUAAAUCCCCUGAAAGGCAGCCGAGGCAUAGCAGUACGAAUCUGAUGGUGCUGAUUUUCAAAUUGCGUUCCUGUUCUUUGAGUUCAGUUGGCCACACAGGUUUUUGUAAUAGACAGAUGAUAAGGUUUCGUUCUCUUUUCUUCCUUAUAUGCACAGUGAGCUAAAAUGAUAGCCUGAAUACCUUAUUAUGCACUGGAUGUGAAUAUUUUUUUAUUUCCUUUUUAUUAUGAACUCACAUUUUGGCCUCACCGUAGCACUACACGAGUCUUGUACUCCUUAUACGGACUUUUCAGAGACAUGGUUUGUGUUCUCGAUAUGCACGUAACUCACUAGACAAUAACCGUGCAGACCCUCCAUGAUAGAAAGAAAUAUUCAUUUUAGCUCUACAUUUUUUUUUUUUUUUUUAUAUGGCUAGUACUGAUGGUGAUAUAUAAGCAGAUAAGUGCUGAUUAAGUAUUUCCCUUAUUUUACACACUAUAUACCCCCGAGUAUUCAGUUUGAAGCAAAUUACGUAGUGUUUAUUUUCACUGUCAGCCAAUACCGAUGGGUUAUAGUAAUAGUCAUAUAUUGGCAAAUGAAUCAGCCUGGCUGGAAAUGUAUCAGUUUAUCACUAAUCAGGACAAAUAUCUUUAUUUUUAUUCCUUACAGAUCAAUGAUGUUUUUCCAGUGCCAGUGUGUGAAACAUCAAGGGAAUCCAGGUUAUCGUCUCUGUGUUUUCUCGGUUGUCCAGUGCGAUUGAGCAGCGCAGAAUAACGAUUGUCCUAUCAGAUGCCCUGGCAGCGUGCAGAUAUGAAGCCUUAAUACAAUCGCUUAGUAUGCAUGGAUAUUCUUCUCCACGUGUCCUUGCAUGCCACAGGAAAGCAAACACUUGUUGGUGCUUUGACACUGGGUAGUUAGGAAAGACAAAACCACCGCUUCUUCUCCCCUUCCGUUGACUCUGGGUAAUUUAUUCUACUACACUAAAGCUGGCUAGGCCUUUCCUUUUUAGCCUGCCUUUUUUUCUUUUAAACAGAUGCCACCUGUAUAUUGUGCACGAAGCAUUAAAGGGAUAGUCCACCCAAAAAAGAAAAUUAUUUUAUUUACUGUAAAUGUUGGGAUCUAAACCAAAAUUGACUUCUAAAGAAUGGACAAAGAAAAAUACCACUGAAGUCAAUGGAAACUGACACUAGUUUUCAUCAUUCUUCAAAAAUUUUUUUUGUGUUUCACAGAGAAAGUUAGUCAUACAGGUUUUGAAUGAAAUAAGGGUUAUUUUGGGCUGGACUGUUUCUUUAAAACAAAUGGUGCUAUGUAGUUAAACAUUAUGUUGAAAGAUUUUUGGACGAAAUGGAUGUUUUAGAUCAAUGGCUUUUAGAAGCUUUAAAUGGAUGACUGGUAAAAUAAUUUACGAUGACAGUACAGUGCAUUAGAACAGAACAGAUACAUUUAUAUACAGAUAUAUAUGUGUAUAUAUACAUGCACUGUUUCCCCUCAUUGUCUCUUUUUUUCAUUAGUGAAGGCAAUGUGCCAUGAAUGUUUCAUGGUGCAGAUGUCUCAGAUGUGGUCUUACAGGGCUGAGCAAACUAAAGAAGAGGAAGUAAGGGUAUUUUUUUUAUUUAUUUGUUCUUUUCAAAUGAACUAAGGAGCAUCCUCUUGAGUCAGGUUAAGUGCCUUGCAAGAGGCCGUGAUAGCAGUGUUACGUUCAACCUGCUCCCUUCGUCCUGUUGAUUGGCCAGCUUUUUGAAUCCCAAUAACACUUUAGUUUCGCCGUCUUGAACCAGAUUGUGAUGUGAGAUUCAAGAACCGAUCGUAUCCAAUAUAAUUAUCACACCCCAAAAAAAACAACAUUUACUCACGCUCAUGCUUUUCCAAACCUUUUUCUAUUUUCUUUGGAACUCUAUAAAGAUAUUUUAAUGCAACGUUGGACCUAAUUGAAUUUUAUUGGAAAAAGUAAAUAUUUACUUCCAUUUGUGUUUGAAGUGACGUGAGGGUGAGUAAAUGGUGACUGUUUUCUUUUUAGGCGGAAUUAUCUCAUUGGACACAAAUCUAAUUUAUUUUUAUUUUUUUGGUCAGUUAAUCCAAGCCCCUGUCAUGCAUUACUUUUAAAGCUGUGAAAAGGCACUAUUAUUCUUGUGUUUUCCUCGAAAGGAAAAGCAGUGAUCUUACUUUCAUAACCACCUGAGAUCUAAAUGAUCAGAUGAAGAUCUGAUUGGUCGACGUAGGAACUUAAGGAAACGACAUAUGCUCAUUUCCACAUUACAGUUUGAUGAGGUCUUUCCAGAGCCGGAAUUCAGCUUGAAUAUUGGGCAGCAUCAAACAGUGCAAAUCAUGAUGAAAGAUGGUUUGUUUUUGUACUGCUUUUAAGUUUAAAAUAGUGUCCUGAGUACUUACUAUUUUUUAUUAUUAUUUUUUUUUUUUACAGUUGUAACUUAUAUGCAGAAAACAAAUGAACAGGUAUACACUUGGGUGUCAGGCUGAUGUUUGCAAGUGGUUCUAGCACUUUGUAUUCCUCUGUUCUUUCUCUCUUUGCCUUCGCUCCCAAGGGAUGCUUUAGUCUCCUGCAUGUGUUUUUAAACCUAUGUGCUCAUUUAACUGAGAUCCGUUACAUUAGAGCUUAGUCAUAGUAAGCAGCCUUAUGUUAGCUCUCCUAAAGCCAUUUAUUGCAUGGUUCUUUUCACUACGUGUUUUUGUCUGUACAGGUUACAGAUCUACUUGGGCUGGACCCGCUUAAAAGCCCAUUCACAAACGUCUAAUGUGAUCAGUAGCUUUGUAAUUUACUUUUUAAUAAUUUUAAUGACUUUCAAACAAACUAUUGAGAUGCAGAAAUUCUGAAGUCUUUUGUAUUACAAAGGAAAAUGAGAAAAAAAAGGAGUUAAACGACAAAAUGUUUAUUUGUUGUACUUGAAAAUCAUCGCUUGGAGCGGUCUUUGUGUCGACUACGAUGCCGUCAAUGUUUCAUAGCACUGAAGGUUUACUUGCAUAGGCAAUUUCAUACCGAUUGUGAAUGUUUCCAUGGUUUGGGUUGGAGUCUCUCUACAGUUAGAAACUCCACUGCACCAAUAAAAAGAGAGAAAAAAAUACCAUUUAAAUUCAAAGAAAAACAAACGUUUAAAUUUGUUUGCUAUUAUGUGAAGUGUAAAAGAUGGAAGAUAUAGAAAAUUCUAUUUAAUGGAAGGUCAAAGCGUGUUUUAUUUGUUAUUUUUUUAUGCUUUGAGUGUUUACAUUUCUCUCUGUAUUGCUGUCGCAUUUUACUCAUUUAUGUGUUGAAUUAUGAUGUCAUAAAUAUAUGAUUUUCUUUACUAUCACUAUUAGAAAAUUAUAUAUAGAGGGCAAAAUACUUUCUUUACCUCCUUUCUUCCUUGCAUGAAAAAGUGGGGGGAAAAAUAGAAAAAAGAGAAAAGUUGAAAAAAUUGCCCUUGGAUUAUUAUUAUAAUUUUUUUUUUUUUUUUUUUUGGUAGAUAUAAGGGAUUUUUGGCCUAUGACUGCACUCAGUUGAAACCAUCUAUAAACUGCCGUCAGUUACAAAGCCUCAUCUUCAUUUCUAUUCGGUUUCAUUGUGCACCUCAAUUCAAAAGUAGCUUUGUAUCCAGUCUGUCUUCAAUAUUUUGAGUGUAAUGUGACUAUGUACAAAUAAACGUAUUUCAAGA